UAAGGCUGAGAAAUUUCCCACUGCCUCUGACAGCGCCCCGUCUGCCCACAGGAGCACCGCGGUAACCCUCCAGCCGGCAGCUCCCCUGCAUGCUCCCCGCCCCGGUGACGGCCUCCCUCCGCCCCCUCCCUUGUUUUCACCCCAACUCUCUGGCUUCUCCUCCGUUCUCAGCACGACCAUGAAAUCAUACCGCAAGCUGCCCACCCGUCUGACUCACACCCCUGGCUCUUAUGGGGAGGAGGAGGAGGAAGAGGAAGACGAGGGAAACGAACCCGUCCGCACGGCCGCCCGGAAGACCCCGUCUCUGGGGAAGUGGUGGCUGGGGGCCGCCGUGAUAGUGGGGACCGUCGUGUUAGGGGGGACCUUCUGGGUCAUCCGGGCCCAGAGACCUCUAGCAGGGACUCCGGAGAAGUGCGCCUCCGUCCCCGAGGCCCAGAGAUUUGACUGCUACCCGGAGCGGGACACAGUGGUGACCCCCGAGCUCUGCGGGGGCAGAGGCUGCUGCUUCCUGCAGAGCAGCCAGGGAGGGCCACCCUGGUGCUUCUACCCCCCUGAUUUCCCCAGCUACGCCUUGACCACUCUGAACCGAACGGAGCUGGGCUUCCUGGGGGUGCUGACCAGGACCACAAAGUCCCACUACCCCAAGGAUGUGCUGGAGCUGCAGCUGCAGGUGGAUCUGGAGACAGACUCCAGGCUGCACAUCAAGCUCACCGACCCCAACAACCCCAGAUACGAGGUACCUCUGGAAGUUCCACCCGCCAUGAAAAAAGCCCAGAAUCCCCUCUACAGCCUUGAUUUCUCCAGGGAUCCCUUUGGUAUUUUGGUGAAACGUCGGGGGUCAGGAGUUGUACUGUUGAACACAACUGUGGCCCCAUUAAUCUUUGCCGACCAGUUUCUCCAAAUAUCUACCCUUCUCCCAUCUGAGUUCCUCUAUGGGCUGGGGGAGCAUCGCCAUGGCUUUCUUCACCAUCUCAACUGGACCACCUUGAGUUUUUGGGCCCGGGAUGUCCCGCCUACGGAGUCAUACAAUCUUUAUGGGGCACACCCCUUCUACCUGAGUUUGGAGGAGGCAGGAUCUGCUCAUGGUGUCUUCCUGCUGAAUAGCAAUGCCAUGGAGGUGGUUCUGCAGCCUGCUCCAGCCCUGACCUGGAGGACUGUGGGGGGGAUUCUGGACUUCUAUGUCUUCUUGGGGCCGGAUCCAAGCUCUGUGGUGCAGCAGUACCAACAGGUCAUAGGCUUCCCGAGCAUGCCGCCUUUCUGGGGCCUUGGCUUCCAUCUCUGCCGCUGGGGUUAUGGUAGCAGUAACGAGACGUGGCAGACAGUGAAGAACAUGAGGAACUAUCUCAUCCCACAGGAUGCUCAGUGGAAUGAUAUUGAGUACAUGGAAGGAUCUCGGGACUUCACAGUUGACCCAGAGCGGUUCAACACACUCCCCCAGCUAGUGAUGGACCUUCACAAGCAUGGGCAAUAUUAUGUCCUAAUUUUGGACCCUGCCAUCAGCAGCAGUCAGGCUCCUGGCUCUUAUGCACCUUAUGAUGAAGGUUUAAAAAAGGGGAUCUUUAUUAACAACACCCAUGGACAGCCACUGAUUGGAGAGGUGUGGCCCGGCCUCACUGCAUUCCCUGACUUCUCAAACUUGGAGACUCAUCAGUGGUGGCUAGAGAACCUGAAUGCAUUCCACGCAAGAAUUCCCUUUGAUGGACUGUGGAUUGACAUGAAUGAACCGUCUAACUUCAGGGAUGGUUCGGUGGAUGGCUGUACCUCUGGAGAGCUGGAUAAUCCACCUUACAAACCUGCGGUGCUGGGAGGAACCUUAUUUGCCAAGACAAUCUGUGCCUCUGCAAAGCAAAGCCUCUCCUCCCACUAUAACCUUCAUAACCUGUAUGGGCUGAUGGAGGCCAAAGCCUCUGCCAGUGCCCUGAUUGCAAUCCGUGGGAAGCGCCCAUUUGUCAUUUCCCGAUCCACCUUUCCUAGUCAGGGCCGCUACUCUGGGCACUGGCUGGGGGACAACAGGAGUGAGUGGAAGGACAUGUACUGGUCAAUCCCAGGCCUGCUAAACUUCAAUCUCUUUGGGAUUCCCCUGGUUGGAGCUGAUAUCUGUGGGUUUUCAGGAUCUACAACUGAGGAACUAUGUACUCGAUGGAUGCAGCUUGGAGCCUUUUAUCCUUUUGCUCGAAACCACAAUACCAAAGGCGAGAAGGCCCAGGAUCCAGUGGCAUUCAGCCCCCUGGCUCGAACGGCAAUGAAGGAAGCCCUCAUGACCCGAUACGCCCUGCUGCCCUACCUCUACACCCUCUUUCACCAUGCCCACCACCGGGGUGACACUGUGGCCAGGCCCCUCUUCUUUGAAUUUCCACAAGACACCAACAUCUACGCCCUGGAUAGGCAGUUCUUAUGGGGACGAAAUCUCUUGGUGACCCCCGUGCUAGAAUCAGGUGCGGAUUCUGUAAUUGGCUACUUCCCCCGUGGGCUGUGGUAUGACUAUUAUACGGGCUCAUCUCUGCAAAGCCAAGGAGAAAGAGUGAAGUUGGCAGCUCCUUUUGACCAUAUAAAUGUACAUAUACGUGAAGGUGCUGUUAUCCCUACCCAGAAACCAGACAUCACUAGCUGGAUGAGCAGUGGGAACCCCUUGCUUCUGAUGGUUGCCCUGUCCCAGGAGGGCAUAGCCUGGGGGGACCUUUUCUGGGAUGAUGGAGAGAGCCUGAACACCUUUGAGAGAGGCAACUAUUCCUAUAUGGUGUUUAAUGUCUCACAGAAUAUUUUCACAUCCACGGUCCUUCACUGCAAUGUAGAAUCCAUUUACAUCACAGUGGAUGGGCUGAUAGUCUAUGGAAUACAGAAACGGCCUCAGGUGGUCACUGUCAAUGGCCAAGAAAUUCCUUUCUCCUACCUGGAGAAUCAGGUAAGAUCUAUUUUUUAA